AUGCGUUCACGUUUAGCAUCGAUGAAUUCAUCGGUACUCCGACGGACUAUUGUCACAAAAACUAGAAAUGUUGUCAAUAGUGAAAACAGUCAAUCUUCACAGCAGGAUAAAGUAGUCGAAGAACAUUUUAUAUCGACUGUAUCUCAUCAGCCUCCUCGUCGUCCAUUGGUACAACAGUUCACUCAUCAAGUCACAAAUCAAGUUCCACCGCUGGAGCGCAUCGAUUUGUAUGAGUCGGACUUAGCACUACGUGAAUUUGUUACUGAUGAUAAAUGUGGACAAAUUAAAGAGAUGGGUGCGGAAUUAGGUACGUACCAUUGGUUUGAACAAGGACAUCGAGCGAAUCGACAGGUGCCAACAUUGCAUCAAUUCGAUCGUUAUGGACAACGAAUCGAUGAAGUACACUUUCAUCCAGCUUAUCACGAACUUAUGCGCAUAGGCAUGAAAUAUGGCGUUCAUUCUGUUGCUUGGGAGUCAUUAUCUGCAGGCGAUGAUAAAAAAGCUAACUCACAUGGACAUCUACAACAUGCAGCAGCACUGUAUAUACUUGGUCAUAUUGAAGCCGGCGUCUGUUGUCCAUUAUCAAUGACCUAUGCCGGUUAUCCUGUGCUUCAUCGAUAUCUAUCAAAAACUGGUCCAGAACUGACAAAUAGCUUUCCAUUAGAUAAGGUUCUAUCGCGUAGAUAUGAUCGGCGAUUUUUACCAGCCACUUUUAAGUCUGGAUUAACGAUUGGAAUGGCAAUGACAGAAAAACAAGGCGGCAGUGACGUUCGUGCAAACACGACGAAAGCAUACUGUGAUAACGCCGAUGAAAAACGCUACAUUCUCAUUGGGCACAAAUGGUUUUGCUCUGCUCCAAUGUGCGACGGCUUUUUGGUUCUUGCACAAAUUCAUAAUGAUGAUACAUCAAAUAAAUCAUUGAAUAAUACACCAUCAUGCUUUUUCGUUCCACGAUGGUUACCUAAUGGCGAACGAAAUCCAUUCUACAUUCAACGUUUGAAAGAUAAACUUGGUAAUCGUUCGAAUGCAUCGAGUGAAGUGGAAUUUAACAAUACACAAGGCUGGCUAUUGGGCAACGAGCAUGAGGGCGUGAAAACUAUUAUUGAAAUGGUUCAUGGAACACGGUUGGAUAGUGCGGUGGGUAGCGCAGCAUUGAUUCGACAAGGACUCAUACAAGCUACUUGGCAUGCUCGGCAUCGAAAAGCAUUUGGUCGAUUAUUGAUUGAUCAGUCACUGAUGAAACAGGUCUUGUCUGAUUUGCUUCUGGAGUCAGAGGCUGCUACAACACUCGUUAUGUACGUUGCAAGUCUCUUCGACUCAAUAUCGCAUACAAGCGAAAUGAAAUCAUUCGCUCGAAUUGCUACAGCCAUAGCUAAAUUUUGGGUUUGUAAACGCACGCCUGAAGCAACAGUGGAGGCAUUGGAAUGUCUUGGCGGCGCUGGCUUUGUUGAAGAAUCGAAUAUGCCUCGAGUUUAUCGUGAAGCACCAUUGAACAGCAUAUGGGAGGGUAGUGGUAAUGUUAUGUGUCUUGAUAUUUUACGCGCAAUGAAAAAGUCACCUGAGUCGCUUCAAGCGUACAUGUCAUUUAUGAAGGAUACCAAAGGUGCUAAUAAACACCUGGAUGCAACCUUGGCACAUAUCCAAAAGAGUCUGUUGACAAAUGAUCUUUCAAAUGAAAUACUUGAACGUCAUGCUCGAACUUUAACAUCGCAAUUAGCUUUGUGUCUACAAGCGAGUUUGCUUAUUCGUCGUUUUCCGCAAGCAGUUAGCGAUGCAUUCUGCGCAUCACGUCUCGGACCUGAUCGUGGCUCAAUCUUCGGUGAUUUGCCAAUGGGUAUUGAUGCAAAUGUGCUUGCGAAAAGAUUGCCUUUUGCCUGA